AUGUUAGAUGUGGCACCACCAUCUUCCCCAAAUCAAACACUUGAUUCUACUUCACUAAGAGUAGGUGAUGGGAAACCAAAAUCUAUUUGGGUAGCACCCGCGCCAGGUUCAAAGAUGCCUCCAUUGGAGACAUUUCGGUUAACCAAAGAAAUGGUUCAAGAAAGGGUGAAAGAUAAUGUUAUAAUUACAACAUUUGGUAACUACGCUUUCAUGGACUUUAUCCUCACAUGGGUUAAGCGCUUGACAGAUUUGGGCGUCGAGAAUCUUCUUGUUGGUGCAAUGGACAUAGAGCUAUUGGAGGCUUUGUAUCGGAAGGGUGUACCGGUUUUUGAUAUGGGGAGUCAUAUGAGCGAAAUAGACGUUGGAUGGGGAUCGCCAACUUUUCAUAAAAUAGGAAGGGAAAAAGUCAUUCUCAUUGAUUCAAUGCUACCCUUUGGUUUUGAAUUACUCAUGUGUGAUAGUGAUAUGGUUUGGUUGAAGAAUCCACUCCCGUAUCUUGCGCGUUAUCCUGAAGCAGAUAUAUUAACAUCAACCGAUCAAGUUACACCAACGGUAACUGAUGAGCGGUUAGACAACUGGCAAGAAGUUGGAGGCGCAUACAAUAUAGGUAUGUUCCACUGGCGACCAACGGAUUCGGCUAAAAGAUUGGCGAAAGAAUGGAAAGAAAUGCUUUUAGCUGAUGAGAACGUAUGGGACCAAGCCGGUUUCAAUGAUCUUUUGCACAAGCAGCUAGGCCCACCGGUUGAUGACGAAAGUGGACUUGUUUAUGCUUAUGAUGGAACUCUAAAGCUUGGGCUUUUGCCUGCUAGUAUAUUUUGUAGUGGCCAUACUUAUUUUAUUCAGGCCAUGUAUCAACAAUUGAGAUUGAAGCCAUAUGCUGUACAUACCACAUUUCAAAUCGGCUCUGAGGGAAAACGCCACAGGUUACGUGAAGCUAUGGUUUUCUACGAUCCACCAGAAUAUUAUGACUCACCAGGAGGUUUCUUGACAUUCAAGCCAUCUAUUCCAAAAAGCUUAUUACUUGAUGGGGAACAUAAUCUUCAAACACAUUUCAGUCUUGUUAAUUACCAAAUGAAGCAAAUAAGGACUGCCCUUGCCAUAGCAUCAAUUUUAAACCGUACAUUGGUUAUGCCUCCGGUGUGGUGUAGGUUGGAUAAAUUAUGGUUUCCACAUUCUGGAAUUAUCGCAGGGUCGAUGACAAGACAACCGUUCAUCUGUCCUCUGGAUCAUGUAUUUGAGGUGCAUACAAUGUUAAAGGCAUUGCCCGUUGAGGAAUAUGGGCCAGGAAACAAUAUAAGAGAGUAUUCUUUCUUUGACAAUCCGUCGACGCCUGCACAGGUUAAGGAUUCAUGGCUUGAUGUACAAUUAUGUCAACAAGGGUCGGAAAAGUGCCAAUCAAACAUUACAAACACAACUAGAGUACUCAGAUUUCCAAAGCACAACAACGAAGAAACGUUGACAACAUUGUUAUCCCCAUUGAAAGAUGUCAAAGUCAUCCAAUUUUCAUCAAUGCAAGAUGCCUUCCUAGGAUUCUCUGACAAGGCGAGUGAAGAAAAAUUCAGGAAGCGUGUGAAGCGAUAUGUUGGAAUAUGGUGUUGUGUUGGUGGCCACGAUCCAGGUCACAUUUAUUAUGACAUGUAUUGGGACGAAAAACCUGAUUGGAAGCCUCUCCCUCCCCAAACCCCAGAAGACGAUCAUCCUUAUAGAUGAACGAUUACUGUUAAAAUUAC